AAAUGUGUGCCUCUUGGAGUGACCCGCAGCCAGAAGAUUGCCAGCGAGCGGCGAGCACGUGUCCACCAGCUGGUCAGACUUCUGCACCAACGAGUGGAAUGCUGCCGGAAGUUAGCCAGCGUACGGCAAACAAGGAUAACGAGGUAAAACCAAAAAAAAAACCUCAAAAGUACCUUCCGGAAUGGGAAUCGAAACUAGAUUGGCUCGAUCCUGAUAAAAAAAACCGAAUUCUCCGGGUUCUGUGAUUUUUGCAAGGUAGAAAUCAAAUGUAACCGAGGAAUAACCGAUGCAAUUAGGGCGAACGAAAGCCUCUGCGAUCGUUGUCAACGUUUUGGGAGAAGGUUAUCACGAGGAUCUCUCUACACACCUUCAGACAACGCCAUUCGGCCUGGUUGCAGACGAAUCCACUGAUAUCGCGGGCAAAAAAACACUCGCACUGAUAGCCAGAACGCAUGUGUGGAUUAACGAAGAUCGCUUCGAAAUUCGAGAUCAAUUCUACGACCUGAUUGAAGUUGUAGAAACAGAUGCCGAUUCAUUGUACGAUCACGUUGUGCGAAGUUUUGCGGAGGACAAUAUCCCCUACACUGAACUUCUGAAAGCGUUUGCUGCAGAUGGAGCGAACAAUGUGACGGGGAAGAACAAAUCACUUGGCGCGCACUUGAAACGGGAUUGCGAAUCACUGUUUCAACUAAAAUGCACGUGUCACAGCAUGGCGCUGGCGGCUUCUUACGCAUGCAGAAACAUCCCCAGCAACGUGGAGCAAAUGUGUCGGGACGUUUAUUCGUACUUAAGUGCGAGCCCGCUCAGGACGAGUCGAUUUGAUGAGAUUCAAGUAUUGUUGGACUACAAGCCGGCAAAAAUGCUGCACCCCAGCGCCACUCGUUGGCUAUCAUUAGAAGCGGAAUCUUGGACAGUGUUUUUACAGCUGUCAUCGCAAUCCCUUCAAUUUUGCUCCGGCCACAUUUUUUGGAUUGCAAGGAGUAAUUAGGACGGGAUACCAAGAUCCCGCAGGAGACGGAAGACGACCGUGCGGUGGUGGUGUUGGACUACCAGCGGAAGGGCAAGCGCCCCGUCAUCAAGACUACGACACGACAGACGUACUUUUUGCUCGUGAUUGGCCUGGUUGAUCCGGAGAAGCUCAAGCCUGGCGAUGAGAGUGAACAAGGACUCGUACGUCGUAUUUCACCCUGGACACUUCCGGCCGAGUAUGACGCGUGCGUCAAGGCGAUGGAGGUGGACGAACGGCCACCGAGCACUACUCGGACAUUGACGGGUUGGACAAGCAAAUCCAGGAACUAAUUCAGGCCGUCGUGCUGCCGAUGAAGCACAAGGACAUGUUCAAGAACCUGAGAAUUCAUCCGCCGAAGGGAGUGCUGCACGCUUUCGGCUGGUGCCUGUGUGUGUGUGUGUGGUCCAAUCCAAUACCCGCUAACCGGUAGCGAUAUUAUGGGAAAGUAUA